AUGGUCAACCCAACACUCGACCCGUACACCGCGAACGCCGUGAACGACGACGUCACUCCGCAGAAGAAAAUUGAGGAUUUGAAAUCUAUCCUGAAAGUCGUCAAGACUGGCAUGCUAACCACCCGUGACAAGGAUGGCAUGUUGCACUCCCGCGCAAUGACCCCUGCAGGACCGUAUUCCGAUACUCAACUUACGUUGACGUUCCUUGCGAACAACGUCUCUCACAAGUUCGAGGAGCUGCAGCAGGACUCGCAUGUCAACAUUUCGUUCUUUGAUGAGAAGACCACGAAUUGGGCGUCCUUCGCUGGCACUGCCACUGUUAGCCAGGACCGUGAACUCAUCAAAAAGCUCUGGAGUCCCAUUACUGCAGCGUACUUUGGCGACCUGAAGGAUGGUGUGCAUAAGGGCGACGAAAACGACCCUCGCAUUUCCGUCAUCGAAGUCAUCCCGGAGGAGAUCCAAUAUUGGAUUGCCACGCGUGGUGCGCUUGGGCGCACAGUCGAAAAUGCAUUUGACGCGGUCACUGGAAAGACAAGCGCUCCAGGCGAAAUAAGGAAACUCUCAAGCUCUGAGAUCCAACUGACUCAGGGAUUGCACACGAAGCAAACAUAACGCGUAACUUGUAGGACAAUGUAACUUUAGUACUUUUUAUCCAUUUGUACGCAUAGUGUUUCAAGUAUGGC